CGGACCUCAGAGCAGCAUCACUUGCACCCCAGCAGCCCCCCAGUCCCCACAACCACCACCAGCACCAUGCUCCGCUACAUCGCCCUGUUCGCCCUGGUGGCCUGCGCCAGCGCCCACUUCAUCAUGCCCAAGUGCCCCACCGUGCCCGGCAAAUUCCCCUUCGACAUGGAGAAGUUCCAAGGUGACUGGUACCUGAGCGCUGGUAACGACCUCGCUCUGGAGAAGAAGGGCAAGUGCGGCAAGAUCAACUUCCCCGCCUACGCCAAGGACGACAAGAUCGAGGACACCGUGCUGACCGCCCGCUACAGGAACAGGUGA